AUGACGAGAAGCGUUCGAUGUAGUAUCCAUUGGAGGCGUCGAUUCCUUCAUUCAUCCAGUCGCGCAAGCAUCAUUCCGGUCACUUCAGCUGUCCCCGCCUCCGACGGUCGCAUCAGCAUCCAGUCGUUUCAGCAAACUGCUUUGAUUCCCGAAAAGCCAUUACUCUUCCGCCAUGGAGCCGACUCCCCGACGACGCUCCUCCCUGCAUUAAGCAAAUGGUUCAGCAAAGAUGGGCUUGCAGGGCAUCAACUGUCAACAUCUUUGGCCGACUUCGGCGACUGGCCAUUUCCCUAUGAACUGGUUCAGACGUCGCCCCGAAAGCGAGACGCUAUCGCUGCUUUCUGCGAUUGGUUAUCUGCGUGCUCAACGACGACUGAUCAUAUGAUGGCUGGUAUUCUACUGUCGGCACUUUCGGACGGAGAGGAGCGUAGGUUCCUCCAGUUACACAGCCCAUGGAAGCUCUUGGCUAGGGCCCUCGAGUUCAACAAGGCGCAACGGGAAAAAGGGCUGGAAACGUUGGAGCUCUACAUUGCUCAAUCCUUGCUCUCGGACCUGCCAACGCCUCUUCAGCCGGAUCUCCCAACCCCAGAGUUGGUGCUGCGGGCAGGGAAAGGGGACGUCUACAGCUCGUCCAUCUGGCUCGGUACAGAACCAACAUAUACACCGCUGCACAGGGACCCGAACCCGAAUUUAUUUUGCCAGCUGUGCAGCCGGAAACUCGUGAGAUUGCUGCCGCCUUCCUCGGGCGACCGGAUAUACUACGAGGUCCAGGUGCGGACCCGACAGCAGGGCAACGGCCGCAUCAGAACGACGGAGAUGAUGGAAGGAGCGGAGAGAGAAAUUUUGUAUGAUGCAAUUUGGAACAGCAACGAGUUGCCAGAUGAGCUGCACGAGGCCGCCUUGAGCCCGGGAGAUGCCCUGUUCAUCCCCAAGGGAUGGUGGCACUCGGUCAGGAGCGUUGGAAUGGAUGGGCAGCUGAACGGCUCGGCCAACUGGUGGUUCAGAUAA